UGACUGCAAGGACCGCAAAGGGUUAACUGAAUUUCAUCUCUUUGAAGUUCAUUACAUUUUGAUCCCACGCAAUUAGAAACAACUUCAGUCGAAUGGAUUUUGACACCAGAAAAUGUAAACAAGAACCUGUGAAUCUUUUGUUUUUUGGGGUUGUGCAAGGAAAAUGUAUCGAAAAGAUGCAAUUGGCGAGACUUCGUGGAGAAAUUCUGCACUGGAUGGCUAUUUGGGUCAGCAAGGAGUCAUCGAAUUGUGCAGAAUAUGCGAAGAAACUGAGGAUCUUGUUGACAUAUCGACGGAAGAGUUCAGUCACUUAAACGAGAAACUCCACCAAAUUGCCGAUUUUGAGGACACUUACAGCACCUGGUUGCAAUUCAUAUGCGUGACUUGCAGCAUGAAGCUGGAAAAUGCAUUCGAUUUCAAGUCACAGUGCGAAUUCACAUACAGGAAGCUUCUCAGUCAGAUGCGCAACACAGACCAAAGAUCCGACGCUGCUGAUCCAGCGGGAGACGCCGAUGAUGACCUGGAAGUGGAGAACGAGCAGAUAUACUUCGAGGAGCUGAAAGUUAUGAAGCAUCCACAGCAACUCGGAGAGACUAUUAAUUUAGAUUCCGACUCGUCAGAUUGGGGGGAUUUCGAGGAGUCAGAGAAGUUCCACAGGUGGACUGAGAUGAGAGAGAGUGCCAAAGAUAUGGAGACUUUGCCCAUUGAGUGCGACGUGAGCGUGAGUUCUGACGAGGAAGUGAUGGCAAAUGUGGGUGUUGCUGAGAUCGCGGAUGAGCCAAAUGGGGCAUUCGUCUGCUCAAUGUGUGAUAAGAGCUUCAAAGGAAGGGCCGAGCUCAGGGACCACAUCGAUGGGGUGCAUCACAACAGCAAGCGACACGAGUGCAAUGUCUGUGGCGCCAAAUACACGCACUAUGUGUCGAUGAUGCGGCACCGGAAGAUGCACAGCGCCGAAACAUUCCCCUGCGACUUCUGCGGCAAGGCGUUUCGUACGAAGACAUACAUGAAGUCCCACCGGAAGGUGCAUAUGGUGUCGUUCGGCUCCAAGGCGCAGUCUCUCGAGUGCCAAAUCUGCGGCCAUAAGUCCCAGAACACGCUGCAACACAUGAAGCACGUGAAGAUCCACAACGGCGAGAAGCCACACAAAUGCGAGGAGUGCGGCAAGAGCUUCCUCCGAAAGCAGUACUUGAACGAGCACUACAGAAUGCACACCGGCGAGCGCCCCUUCCCCUGCCACAUCUGCUCCUACGCCUUCCGCUACCGCACACACCUCAGCAGACACCUGAAGACGCACACCGGCGAAAAGUCCUACAAGUGCCUGGAGUGCGGCAAAUCCUUCAUGCAAUCCGGCACACUCACCAUCCACAUGCGCAUCCACACGGGCGAGUACCCCUUUGAGUGCUCCAGCUGUCCGAAGAAGUUCCGAGAGAAGCGAGAAUUCACGAAGCACCGUGAAAAGUGCUUCAAAAUUAAAAGUGCAACAGGAGUACUUUAAGAAAUUGUGUAUCAGCAGAAUUUCCUGAAUGUGUAAUGAUAUUGUAAUCAUUGUACUACCAAAAAUAUCCUUGUAUUCUAUACAAGAAAACCCUCGGGAGGAAAAAUAAAAUUCCUGUCAAAUGAUCUUUA